UUACAUUGAUUAAAAAAACUUGUCUGCUGUUUGAGAACUGCGAAACGGAUAUUAAUUUCUAAUGGUGUUUCCAGUAAAGACAAGAAAUGUUUGUGCUUAGGAAAUGGAUAGGAUUAGAGAAAGUAUCUAAUGGAGUGAGAUGUGUUUCAUUUGCUUCGUCAUACAAACGAAGUCUCAUUUCAAUAGGUUGUUUAUCUGUGGCAUUUACGGCUACUGGGUUUUAUAUCAUAAAAUAUCGAAUUUUACGAGAUGAAAAUUUUCGAACUGUUACUGGUGCUUCAACGGUAGACAGGAAAAAACAUUUCAACACAGUUCAGGAAAAGAUCAAUGAAAAUAAUACAAAAGAUAUAAAGUCAGCUAAGAAAAUUUUAGACACGGUGAAAGAUGAUUUUGUGAAUCGGAUUGUGACACAUGUACCUAUUCCUCUCCUCAAAAUUCUUCGAGUAAAUGAUCCCCAAGUUUUGGUAUCGUUGACCAAGUCCAAGAAUCCAGUCAAAAGAAAGAAGGCAGUCCAAACCUUAGGAACAAUUCAUCAUUGGCCAGACAAAAAGUAUGAGAAAGUUAGAAAAGUGUGUGAUUCAAAAACAUUGGUUGGUUUGGCAAGAACGCUAGAAGUAGAUGAUCGUUUCUUUGACCUGUUCCCUGCUCCAGACAAAUAUGAGGAAGACCUGGAGUCGUCUCUGAAGGCUCUGUUGUCUUCCUUGCCAAAAGAUGGAUUCAGCAAAUGUGUGGAAUACUUCACAACACAGGCACUCAUUGAAGGGAACAUAGAAGAAGAAAGGGGAGGAUAUUGGAGUUUUGGAGGUCCCGGGGUGGAAUUUGCCAAAACAGUGGACAGAGGUCCAGAGGAGAGGGUAGAAAUCAUUUGCCUGCAGGCUUUGAUCAGCCACUCCAAUGAGCGACACAAUUGUUUUGAAAUGAUGAAGAUGGGGGUGCUGCCAUUGCUUCAACAGACAUAUCACAAGAGGAAGUACAGCAUCGUGAUGAGGAGACAGAUAGCGAGGAUUCUGGGAAAUCUGUCCGUCCAUAAAGAAUUGCAUAAUAGAAUAAUCAAAGCAGGUUGGGUGUCGAUACUGUAUAAAUGGUCCAAAUCAGCUGAUCUUCAGUUAUCUCUGCAUGCUGCCCGAGCUCUGGUCAAUCUGGACCGGGACGAGGGAACAGUGCUGUACCCCAGUGGGGUGUACCUCCUCCAUCCCACCCACAGGUCAAGUGAACCAUUAAUGGCCGACGUGGUUUUUGUCCACGGCUUACUGGGAGGACCUUUUAAGACCUGGAGACAACAGGACAGGAAGCUAGCGGACAAAGACAAGGUGUCGGACGGACAGGAGAGUGUCCGCAAAGGAACAUACACUUUCUGCUGGCCAAAGGACUGGCUGGCUAAAGACGUCCCUUUCAUUAGGAUUUUAUCGGUAGAGUACGACACGAACCUCAGUACCUGGAAUGCUAGCUGUCCAUAUGAAAUUGAAAAGCGUUCACUGCAAAGAAGAGCUUCAGAACUACAAGAGAAACUGAAGGCAGCAGGGGUAGGGUCCCGCCCCAUUAUCUGGGUCACUCAUUCAAUGGGAGGUUUGCUAGUGAAGGAAUUGUUAUGUCAGAGUGACCAAAAACCAGAUUAUUCAGACAUUGUUGACAACACCUCGGGAGUCAUCUUCUACAGCACCCCCCACCGUGGAUCUGCCCUGGCCAACAUCUCCAGCAGGGGGAGUCGUAUCUUCUCCCCGACAGUGGAAGUACAGGAACUAAGCCAAGGAAAAACCUUUGAUGAACAAAUUAAUGAGUCAUUAAGUCAACCAUUUGAAUCAGAAACACAGAUAGAAACAGGUAAAAUGUCAGAGGAAGGGAAUAUAAAUGAAAUCGAUAUGAAAAUUGGUGAGGUGGAAGGGAAAGAAGGAUCUGUGAAUGAUGAAGAAGAUUUAGGGGAAAAUGGCCUUUUUAAGAACCAAAAUUUAGAAAAGGAGGAACAUCCGAAGAACCAAGAUUCAAAGGAGAAGGAGUGCCCAGAGAACCAAGAUUUAGGGAAGAUGGAGCAUCUGAAAAACCAGACGGAUGAUGAAAAACAGGGAACAGAGGAAGAUAUUACAGAGGUGAAGAUUUGUGAAGACAGCAAGCUUAAAAGUGAUAAAAGCAGGGACAUAACAGAUUGUGAUCAUACACCAAUGAAAGACAAGUCACACAAGGAUAAUAAAGAGGAUAACACAGAGUCUACAGAAGGAGAAUUAAAUGAGACCGAUCAAGACUCGGAUGAGAAAUUUCUGUCGUCAGUUGAAUCGGAUAAAGACGCAGAGGUUAAAUUUCUAAAUUCCAGUGGAACGGACAAAGAAUCAGAUACAGUUUCCAUCGGAUUUGAGAUUGUACCAACGGACAGCCUGCAAAUUCCCUUCACCCAUUAUGUGGAUCAUAGAAAUCUCACUCAUUCUGGAAAGAGUGCACACAGUGGUGAAAGGACAGAUCAUGAAACUGAGCUUGUUCGACUGCUGAAGCUGUACAGAACGAGCAACAAGGACUUGAAGGACUUUCAUCGACGGAAUCCUUGGGGAACCCACGACACUAUUCGGGGACAGCUGUGGGUCAGAGUUUGUGAGACGCUUCACAAAGCCAAAGGGAAUCUCUAUGACGACUAUGAGAAAGAUCUUUUCCACCAAAGAAACACUGAUGAUUUAGCUUUACCUCCCUUUGUGGACUUCAAUAAUCUCACCUCCUACCAUUUAUCUGAACAAGGAACCAGAACUGUGGCGAAAAUUCUCGCUGUGAUCCAAAACACCAACCCAGAGAUUCUGUACUGUCCUACACUGUAUCCCAAACUGAGCAUUUUUCUGCAUUACAUGGGGCCCUCUGAUGCUUUUAACUGUAUAUAUGCUUUACUCCGUUCCAAAGAUGCCAAUAUAAUGCAGACCAAAGUUGCUGUUGAAUCGUCUAAACUUGUACUUCGAGACCUUACCAAAAAAUAUGCGAAAUCAGCAUAUGUGUAUCUGGUGAGGAACUGCAAUGAUGUGACAGCAGUGUUCGACUCCUGGAUGUGGUGGCUUUUCUCAGACCUCCCUUUUCCCCAUAUUGUGAGAAUCAUUGACUGCUAUUUAGUGGAAGGAGUCAAAGUGCUGUACCGAGUAGUACUCUCUAUACUCAUCCUGUUUACAAAAUACUCAGUGUCAGCGAAACACCAUGGUGCGAUAAAUGACACAUUUACUGUUGGCGAGAGGAUUCGUCAAUUCUGUACUAAUAUGCCUUUCCCUGUUGAAAAACUGCUGAAGCGAGGGUUUAGAAUCCGCGGACUGACUAAGAAGGAGAUCCAGAAGCUACAGCUGCGCCACGAGAUGUGUAUCAGCAGUCAGCACCACCUCCAGCACGAGUUACAGAAGUCCGCCUCCGCCCACUCAUUCGGCGGCCUCCCUCACUCCCACUCCUUCAGUGGCAGGAUCGUGUUCGAUCAGACCACGUCAAGCAUCGUCACCAGUAAUGAGAUGCCGCGCUUCAGGUCUCUAGGCCUGCUUGUGUUUAAUUAUGUGGAUAGUCUGGUGGCCAUUAUGGAUGAUCUGUAUACCAUCUGGUCAUGGCUGCCGGCGAGGUACGCGGUUUGUCAACCGGAGCUGUUGUACACCUCCGAGGAGCACGGAACCAGUCUGAGGACCCUGUACACGCGGAUCGAGAACCACCAACCCACCCUGAUCCUCAUCAAGACUACCACAGACGAGGUGUUUGGGGCAUUUUGUUCCAUGUAUUGGAGGGAGAGGAAGAAGAGCAAUAAGAAUGUCUACUACUUUGGUACCGGGGAAACGUUUGUGUUUACACUGUCCCCAGAGAGAAAGAAGUAUGAAUGGGUGGGCCUCCACGAGGAGAAUAUCUCCAACACCGCAAACAUGUUCCUGGCUGGGGAUAGCAAAAUCCUCACCAUAGGAGGAGGCAAUGGUGAAGCCAUACAGCUGGAUGAGAAUCUCCUACACUGUCGGACUGAGCAUUGUGAUACAUUCGAUAACCCGCCCCUCUGCUCCGAUCAAGACUUCACGUGUAAAGUAGUGGAGGUCUAUGGAUUUCAAUAAGAGUACAAAUGUGUGAUAUAAAGGGCAUGUAUUCCAUAGUCAAACCGAAAAAACAAAAAAAUAAGCUCUGGCUAUAAUGUUGCAUUCCAAGUGAUUUCCAAGUUGUGUGAUAAAGAUAUUUUAUGUGUAUUAAUACCUCUGUGUAGUUAUUGCAGGUUUUUUUUAGCAGAGGCACUUGAUGUAGCUUGGAGGAAUGCUUCUUGUAAUGAAAGGACAAUUUUUUAACAUCAAGUACCUUUGCCUUUUUAAGGGCUGGAGUGAUUGCCAAGAUCUGUUCAGUUUAUUUGUUAUUGUUUUUAUUGACCAUGCUAUAUGUAUGACAUAAUACAAUUGUAUGACAUCAUUAGUUGUAUGCUAUGUCAAAAAAUGAUGACUAGUCGACUAUUUUUCAUUUUAUUAUAAUUUGUCAUUGAUGCUAUUUUUGUUAAGUAUUAUUAUUUUUGGAGGGGGAUGCAAAAAUGUACAUUAAAUGUCCAAUUUUAAAAUUAAAGGAAUUUUUUUUGGGCCAAACAGAUUUCAAACUCUUUAAAAUGAAUUUAGAAUUCAUACAUUUACAAUAGUACUUGAGUUUUCAUUGAAAAUCUGAAUCAGAAAAUACUAAAGCAAGAGGUUCACUUUUGCAGACAAUGCAAAACGAACUUGAAUACUAGUAUGAUAGUUGAUAUGAUAUGCUUUCAUAUUUGAAAGUUUUUUUUCAUCAUCAUGUUUAACCUUAUGAUUGUCUAUCAGCAAUUAAGAAGCAUAUGCAGAGGUAGUCAAUGCUUACAAAUGGCAAGUUUGAACCAAAUUAUAUUUUUGUCUUCAGAAAGAGUCCCUCUUUGCUUUGACUUUUUUUUUUAGACCAUUUUCCUAAUAUAUUCAAAAUUCAUUUGCAUCCUUCUUUUUUAUGCAAAGAAUUUUUUUUUUUCAAUGCCUAUAUCUGUAUGUUUUAAUUGUCUAUGAUAUUUGAAAAUCGGGUCAGCAAUUUUCUCUUGCACCAUCAUGAAAUCUUUUAACCAAAUGCAAUAGAAAUUAAAUUUUUAAAUAUCAAUGUCUUUAUUCAUAGUUAUGCCGCAGUUUUUUUCAUAUGAAAAAAAAACACUCAUAUACUGUACUUGAAAGCAUCUAUUUGAAAGUUCCUUUCCCUGCAAAUUAAAUAUAUGUUUAUGAUGUGUAACUAAACCAGUACUUCAAUUUUUACGGAAGAUUUUACAGCAAUACAUUAUAUUAGUCUUUUUGAUGUAUAGCUGUUAAAAAUCCUUACAAAUUUUACUUCAGGAUAGAAAACUAAGAAACUAAAAGAGGAAAAAGCCUUUUAUAAUUUUAUGUUGAAGUUGCAAAUACAUUGUCAUUUCAAAAGGAAUUGGUUGUCAUGUUUUCCUAUUUGCCCCGAUUUGGGUUUUUCUUUGGUCUGAGGGUUGGGGGGAGGGGAAUUUCAAAAUAAAAAAAGAUGAUACAGGUAUCGGUGCAUGUCCUAUACAAGGAUAUACACAUGUAUGUACAUUUUAAAUUUGGGGUUUAAGGGUAACAUUUCGCUAGCUGAUAUUACCCUCACUGGCAAGACAUUACGUGGCCAGUAAGACUACAUUUCAUUUUAUUUUCAUAAGCAACAGUAGUAUAGUUACUCUUUAUUUGUACAAGAUAUCUCUUAGUUUCUUUUUGAAAGAGGUUUAUUGUUCAAAUAAUUUUCCCGAAAUUAACUUUGUUUCUUUGUAGCUAAACAUUUGUUAUAUUUCUGUUUGUUAUAAAUUCAACUUAGUAAUAAAAAGAAAUUUAAUUGUGCUCCCGUGUAGCCUUGUUUGCUAUAGUCAAGUUUUCAAUAAAAGAAAAAAAUUCCUAUGAAUAUUACAGGUACAUUAACUUUAUUAGAUUUUGGAAGGUUUAUCGGAAAAAGUAAUAGAAUUAGGGCAAAAAAGUGUAUUAAAAACAGUUAUGGUAUAAAUUUAAAAAAUCUCAAUAUAAUUGUUCUAUUAUGAUGUUGCUCUUCAAAUCCUGCAUAAUUGUCUUUAGUAGCAGAACAGUUUCAUUGGGUAGAAAAUGUAACAAUGUACAUGUCAUUUACAUCAUUCAGUUGUUUGUAUUGAACAGCUUAUGAUUAUUGUGAAGUUGAAAAAUUUAAGAUAUUAUAUCUGUAGAUUUUGUGUGAAUAUUAAUAUUCAAUUAUGACAAGUUUAUGUUCCACCAAUGGCUAAUGGAAAAAUACACCAAUUAUAUUUUGAUUCAUAUGAAAGGCAUUGGAUGUUUAAAAUUAUGUACAAAAUUGUUUUUUGUUUCCAACAUUAUAUUGCAUAUUGCUUUAUAUAUGCAACAGGAUCUAUGAAUUACAGUGCAUACAUAUACAUGUAUGUUGUAAACAGUAUGUACUAAGUUUUAUUGAUGCUUGAGAUUUAGAACAAUAGUUUGUUGUGUAGUACACACAAAUGUAAAUGUGCAAUCAUAUGUAUUAAAUAUUUUUAAAAAGUCAA